UCCAAACAAAACACGGUGCAGCCUUUAAACGCAGCUCUGAUGUUCAGAUCGGACCAGAAGCAGACACCACCGGCAGCAGCAGAUCCUCAUCUUUCCCUCCUCCAGUCUGAUCCAGAAACCUGAGCAGAAUGACCCACUUCAGGCGCACAGACUCGGUGCGCAGGAGCCUCUUCGGCCCGGUGGACCACGAGCAGCUGCGGCGGGACCUGAAGCUCAAACUUCAGCAGAUCAUGGAGCAGGACACCCGGCGCUGGAACUUUAACUUCCAGGCUGAGACGCCGCUUCCCGGCCGGUUCCAGUGGGAGGAGAUCCCCGCUGCGCCAUUUUACGCGCAGAGGAACGACGCAGCCUCCAAACCCGAGCAUGGAGACGAGCCCAGCGAGGAGCAGAGCGCACGGACGGACCAGGAGAACCGGUCCAGCAUCUCCAACACGCACCAGAGUCCUGCCGAAGUGACGCCUGUCCGGAGGAAGAGGACGCACUCCAGAGCCGCAGCCAAACCCAGAAAUGACGCACGGAUCACCGAUUUCUUCUCUAAAAGAAGGAGGUCGACAGAAACCAAGAGCAUCCAGAAUCCUUUCAGCUCCACUGAAGCAGCUCCGUGCAGAACAAUAAGAUGAACACACAGCUGGACGUUUCUGCAGACAUGUUCAGGAACUGCACCAAAGACUGUUACUGCACCAGAGGACUUCAUGUUUUUAAAUCCUAUUUCAUGUUAUUUUAUGUUUUUAUAUUAUUUUAAGCUGUUUUUAAUUAUUUCAUGGUAUUUCAUGCUAUUUUAUUUAUUUCAUGUUAUUUUAUAUUGAUGCUCAAGCUUAAAUUCUGCAUUUUUGUUUAUUUUAUUUAUGGACAUGUUUAUUUAAAGUUAUUUUUCUCUGUUGAUUGCUCACUUCAAGAUGUUAUUUUUCAGUUUCACUGGUUUGUUAUGAUUUUUUUUAAAGACUUGAAUUCAUUUGUUGUUUUUCAUCUUCGUCCACACUGCUGCUGAAUUUGCGGCUUCUUAUCCAUAUAGAAAAGAACUAUUUUCUUCUCAUCUUCAUCCAAAAUGAACAGAGGAUGAAAAAUUUUGUACAUUCCUAAAUACUGUAAUUUUAAUAAACUGUCAGAAACAUUAA